UUACCUAUUACCUUGAAUUAUUUUAAAAUUCUAAAUGACGCUCAUAAACGUGUUUGGUAGGGCGUUAUUCGCUUGCUAGCUAAUGCUAAUGACACUAUGUAGCUAACUGAGUCGUUAACCGCGUUAGUCGCUCUAAUAUCCGUAUCUUUUUGCUCCAACGCAUGUUUAUAUCCUCUGUAGAUUACGGAUGUUUGUUAAACGUGUCCUUGAUCAACCCAGCUACUAAAUGUCUUUGCUUUUGCCAGCAUCUGCGAUGGAUAUGUUGGUUCUCAGCACAGGUUAGUCGGUCCAGAUGUCGGAGGACCAGCAGCACCAGCGGGCCGAUGCCUCCCACAGGGACAAGGGCGGCCUGGAGCCGGGGGAGGGCGACACAGAGCCCAGCAUUUUGCUGCAAAAGCUGAGCAGCAACAUUUCAAAGAACGUUCAGACCAAAGUGGAUCAAAUCUUGCAAGACGUUCAGCGCUUCUCAGACAAUGACAAGCUGUUCCUGUACCUCCAGCUGCCCUCGGGGCCCAGCUCCGGAGACAAAACUGGUGGCGACCCGAGUUCAUUCAACACAGCUGACCAGCUGCACACCUGUAACUGGAUCCGGAGUCACCUGGAGGAGCAUUCAGACACCUGUCUGCCCAAACAGGACGUCUAUGAGACGUACAGGAGGUACUGUGAGAACCUGCAGCAUCGACCCCUCAGCGCUGCCAACUUUGGGAAGAUCAUCAGAGACAUUUUCCCCAACAUCAAGGCGAGGCGACUCGGCGGCAGAGGACAGUCCAAGUACUGUUAUAGUGGCAUCAGGAGGAAGACGGUUCUGAACAUGCCUCUGCUGCCCAACCUGGACCUGAAGAACGACCCGUCGGAGCUGACCGAGCUGGUCCAGACCUACAAACAGGAAGUGACGGAGGCGGCCUGCGAGCUGAUCUGUGAUUGGGCCCAGAAGAUCCUGAAGCGGUCCUUCGACACUGUGGUAGAAAUCGCUCGCUACCUGAUCCAGGAGCACAUCGUCAACCCUCGCUGCAACCAGGCCAAGCUCGUCACGUCCGCAGCGCUCGCAGGCGGUCCAGCUAAAACCCAUAAAGUCAUAAAGAAAACUCUGGCGAUGUCUCCGGCUGACGGAGACGGAGCCGCAGACCAGAAGAAGGAACAGGGGGACCUGUCCUCGUCCUCACCCAAGAUGUCUUCUGGGGACAAAUCCACAUCAGCCGUCCCCAAGCCUUCCUCAGCAGACGGUCCUCCUUCUGCUCCUGCUCUUCCUCCUCCUCCUCCUCACUCCUCCUCUACCUCCUCUGCCUCUCUGCAGCCAGCAGUGGAGGCGUUCAUAAAGCAGUUACCCAGAAUCCUUCCUCGCAGCACUGUCCCUGACAAGAGCUUCUCCGUCCGCUCCGCUGUGCCCCCACAGGCGCCGGCGGACGCCUCCGCCGUCGGCGUGCCGUCUGCGCACGGAGGCCCCGCCGCCGUCACCGCUCCUGCCAACAGCGGUGGGGUGAAGGUCAUCACCAUGACGACGCUGCCGCAGCAGCAGGGCAGGACGCUGCCGGUGAUGAUUCUUCCUCAGAGCUGUUUGUCCUUUGAGGCGGAUAAAGUAGCUCCACCCCCUUCUCUGUCUGCCCAGCAACACGCCGUGGCGGCGCCGACCUCAGUGGUCCAGAAAGCUCGGGGCACCGCCGCCAAGCGACCCCAGGAAGGGGAAGUGUCAUCCGUCGGUGUCUCAGCCGCUUCCUCUCUCAGCACUUCUCCGGUUAAACGAAAACGUGGCCGGCCGAGGAAACCCCGACCGGAAGAUGCGGCUCUGUCCCCAUCUCCUCAGCCGCCGCCGCCUCAGCCGCCGAUCAUUACGCCACUGACCGGCGGCGUCAUCCAGAAGGCGACCUCCUCCUUGUCAUCCCCCGCGCAGACGGUGGUGGAGCUGGUGAUCCAGGAGCCGCCGGGGCUGGUUCUGGGUCAGCUGCCCGCCAUGUCCGACCCGGCCCACCGGCUGGUGGACCCCCGUGGCGUGGUGGUGCAGUGCCAGCCGGGCGGCGCCGUCGACCCGGACAGCCAGGUGAGGCCCGUGCUGCUCUUCCACAGUCCUGGGAACCCCAGCUGGGAGAGGACCCCCAUGGUGGAGGUGAUCCAGAAGGCGCCGAGGCCAAACAACAACAGCGGUGGCGGCGGCGGGCUCGGCAUGGUUCCGCUCCCGCCGCUGCCCCCUCCCACGCUGCAUGAGGAGCAAGGCGAGGUGGAGAUCACGCUGACGCCGGUGGAGGUUCACGUCAACCCGCCACCUGCCUCCACCUCCUCUGCUGCUCCUGCCUCCUCCCUCUCAAUCUCCUCCACCAUGGUGGUAAAGAUUGAGGAGGAGGAAGUAGACAACAGCCCCCUGCCCCACAAAGGAGGACAUUAGCUUUCAUCAACCACCUACUUCUGUAUUCACUCAGAUUUUACCUCAAGGCUCCCGCCCCCUCCUCCUUCCAUCCUCGUCCUGAUUGGUGGAAAUCCCAGAUUGGCUGGAGCACGAAAGCCAAUCCAGAAGGAUAAAUGAAGCCAGGAAGUCUACACUUUAACUGCAUGUUUGUUUGUGAGCGACAUGUGGUUUACACUGCAAAAACACAAAAUCUCACCAAGGAUUUCUGGUCUAGUUUCUCCAGCAGAUAUUUUACACGUGAAACGAGACAAAACUAACAAGGAAGCUUUCAGCAAGAUAAAGGAGCUUGUUUUAAGUCAACAAUUCCUUAAUUUUCAUUUUUAACAAAAAUACUUGUUCUAUUGGCAAAUUUCUUCACUUGUUUCACAGCUGGUACUGUGCUAGAAACUAGACCAAAGAUACUUUAUUUUUUUAUUCUGUGUUUUUGCGGUGUACAUCUGAACCACUUCUUGUUCCUUCUUCCUUCCUUGCCUUAUUCACUGUAUUUUUAAUCCUCCCAAAAAUUUCUGUGUCGCGGUUUGUUUGUCUGUGCUUAACUUUAAAAAAAAAAAAGAAAAACUGAACAAUAAUUGUACUAAAGAAAUAACACUGCAAAAAAAUUAAUUCUUACCAGGUAAUUUUGGUGUAAAUCUCUUGGUACACUUGAAAUGAGACGCAAUUAAGUUAUAAGUAACUUUAUGUUGAUGAAAAAAUGUUGGUUUACCAGGCAGACUAUGAAACUAAAAUCAAGAAUUUUGUUUCAUGUUAUAAGUAAAAUAAUUUUACCUGCUUUGUAUUUUUCAUCAAUAUAAAGGAAUUAUUGACUUUCCUUGCUGAACAGUUACUGAUAAGUUACUUUUGCAUGAUGUUACUUGGUGAGAUUUUAAUUUUUUGCAGUGUAAAAGAGGAAGAACGGAAGGUGCCAUGUUUGUGAAAAGGGCGUCAGGUGGUAAUACGGGUUAGAUCCUUCUAAAGGUUCUCUGUGCUAAAUGAACCAGAACCAAGCUUUGAUUCACCUUUAAUUCAUACAAUUUAUUCCUGAGGAAGUUGUUGAAGUUCUAAUAAUAUUUAAAUGUGUAAAUGUGAAUUAAAGUUUGGUUCUGCUCUGCUCUUCUAAAGAGUUAAUUUGUUUUAGCAGGUUUGUGUUUUUAAUCUGAGUGAGCUUUGUACAUGUCUCUGAUUGUGUGUUUGAAAGAUUAAAAACUUAAAUUUACUCAUUAUUCAGAAUAAUAUAUCAAGUAAAAUUAGACAUUUUAUAUAGAAAAACAACAGUUUUAUACAUAAACUUUGACAAAGUCAGAAUUAUUCCAGAAAACGUAGUCGGAGAGUUGGAAUCGCUCCUGUAGGUUUCAGUAGAUUUAUUGCUAAAAAAAAUAAUAUCUGGAACAUAUACGUUUGAAAAUGUGAGAAAAGCUGCAGAAACAGAAAAUGUUUCCUGUAAAUCGAGAACCAAAAUGAUGCUUUUAUUUAACUGUCAGCUAACACGCUUCAGCUGUUUGCAUAUCUUAAAACCGAUUAAAUGCUGAUGUUCCACUAAAACGUGCAGAAUUGACCCAAAUGUUGCGGUUUCCUUUAAUAAAACAUUAGCCCCUUUCAGGUCAUACUCUGGUUAGAAACAUUCCAAUUAAAUCUGCUUUUUAAGGGUCAUUUACAUCACAUAAGUUCAUCAUGUAGGUCAUUGUACAAUAAUUUACAACAAAGACACAUUUAACUCAUCCAACUACUUUUAUUUGUAUUAGAAGAAGCAACAAUUACUUCCAACUCUUGGAAUAGUAUAUUUAAUUCCUCUUGGAAUUAUAACAUUUAGAUAUUUUAAGUAAAUUUGCUCAGUUUUGUGGUGCUUGGCUGGAAGAUAUGGCUUAAAAAUAAAAUUUCUGAGUUUUCCACACCAUACAAUAAAAAAAUUGCUAACAGAAAAUGUUCUCAAACAUUGGCUUUAGUUUCAAUAAUCCCUUUUAAUUGUACAAUGGAUUGUUAAGGCUAGGCAAUUUAAAUUCUUGUUGAAAUUACAAGAAUAUUGUUAUGAUAUUAACAGAAUAAAGAUGCAUUUUUAUCAGAAGAAUGGACUUGAAUUAUAAGAAAAUAGUUUAUAGUGGACGAGAUCUGACGUGAUCCGAUCAGUCUCUGUGUCUUUUUGCUUGACAAUAUUUAGUUUUUAGCAGUUAAUGAUCAUUUGUUGCUGAUGAGCUAAAGCAAUACAUAUGUCCUUAUCUAUAAAAACUGAUACCAAAGCAUAACAUCACAAGAUGUUCAACAUUCCUCCUUUAAUUUUUUGUUUAUUUUUGUCCUGAUAUUACAGCUGUGUUCUUCCAUUAUUAUGACUUUAUUGUCAUAAUUAUAAAAAAAUGAGAAUUGAAAGCCCAAAUAAACAGAAGCUGUGAAAUACACUUCGCAAAUGAGAUGGCUGAAACCCACUGGAAACCCGUUUUUCCACAUUGGAAAAAAGAUUUUUCAAUAAAAAUCCAGUAUUUUUCAAAAACUUUAAUCUUUAAAAAUUGGAUUAAUCGAUAAAAUCAAUUUAUCUGAAGCCUACGUGAAAUUUAACUCCAAUAAAAUCUGAGAGUGUAGAAAUUUUCUCUGUCUUUCUGUUUCUUGGUCUGAAUUCUUCAAAUAAAGGCAAAUAUCCAAUGACGUAUGAUCUGAAAGGGGCUACUGACACUGAACAGAACUUGUUAAAAUUACAAACAAUAAGCAAAAUAGGAGAAUAAAUUAUGCAAUGCAGGCUGUGAGCUAAAGAAAUUUGCAAAUGCUAAAAAUAAAAGCUUCAGCUCAGGCAAUAGAGCAAAGCACAAUGUAAUUUGUCACACAGCACCAACACAUUGAGAUGCAGAAAAAUGUAUUAAUUCCUGGGUGAUAUUUGCGCUGUUGUUGGUUUCUGUGCUGAAGUUUUAGAUUACAUGUUUAACCUGCGGGUUGCUUCGCCGUUGUAUGUUGCCAUUGUGACCUUUGCCCCAAUUCUAGCCACCUGUUGCAGCUACAUCGAAGUCAGCAAUGUGACACCAUUUUCUUACUUUCUUCGAUGGCUGUCGAAGAAAAUGGUUUCGCUGCCUUAUUUUAACGUGCUUUUUGCUAAGCUUAAGUUCAAAUAUCUCAAAAUAUAAGCCAAGUAACUCAGGACUGUUGGAUAAAGAAUAGAGGAAGAAAAAAUGUUGUUGAAGGAGUAAAAUUCCAUCAAAAAACGCUGAAACUUUUCAGUUGCGUUUAUAUUCUUUGCACAAAAAAAUUGCAGUUUUCACUAAUUAAUGUCAAAAUUGUACAAUAUUAAAACUUGGAAAAAUAAAAAAGAAGUUUACUGAGGUUAAAAGGUCGGAUAUUUGCGACAAAGAGAUUACAAUUGAGUUGGUAAGCGUAGAAGCAUGUGGACAUUUUUCAGAGUGGAUUGUAGAUUUGAUCUCACAGACACGGUUCCGGUUUUAAUCGUGGAAAAUUUACUCAUGUUUCUUCAACGUCAGAGAAUAUCAAAGCCAAAGUAAAUUUCACGUAUUUUCUUGUAAACACGUGAAAUCAGUCUCAAAACUUCCAAGUUUUCGCGGGUGAAAAUUUACUCCUUCUGAACCAUUUUAUUCGUUCUUUUGACCAUUUUCAACGGAAACAUCUCAAAUCUGUCAGACGUUGUUUUCCCAGAUCUCUGUAUUUUUCUCACAGUUAAUAUGCAAACAGAUAAUUUCUUCUUUCACCUUCUAAUUUUUGGAGGGAGUUGCCAUGGAAAUGUCACAUUGCUGACACUCUUCACCUUUACCAAACGUUGUGUCGCUCCACCGGUGGGCGUCUUUUUCUUCUUCGUUGGUGCUACAAUGCCAUAGGGCUCCAUUACUCUGUCUGUCCUGCCUGUUUUUCCACCAUGUGACCACAGAUUUGUAGAAAAGAAAGAAAAAAGCCAGUUUGUGGACUUGUGUAAAAUGUGUUUCUCUCUGUCCUCACAUAGUGCUUUUUUCUGUUGGAGGGACCCUGAAAAUAUUAAGACUGUUAUAUAUAUAUAAAAAAAAUCAACCUUGUUGACGCAAGAAAACCGCUUGAUUAUACGCUCUGCCCUAAAUCCAUCAUUCAAAAGAAGCACAAGUAUUAAUAUUAGUCGUUGGCCUCAGUUUGGUGAAGUGCCAACAUGAUUCAUCGUCGAACUGAAACAAACGUUGCACUGCUGAGAGUUUAAAGAGGGACUCUGUGUGUAUAUUAUGAGUUUAAUGUACUGAGAAAAUACUCUGUCAAGUAUUUAUGAGUGAUGUAGUAUUCUGCUUAAUUCUUGCACUCUGCUAGAGGCCGACAUCUGCCGGCUCAGAUUUUUAUUUCACCAGCGUAAUAACGUUGGUUUAAACUUUACUCAGUUUAGAGUUUAAUAGUAAUAAUAAUUAAAAAAGGAAAAUGAACUCUGUUUUUAUAUAAAGGUUAAAGUACCUGUAGGGUAUUGAGUGGGUAAAAGCAACGUUUCACUUGUGGGCUUUGGUUGCAACAAUUGAGAUUUUAAAGAUUGAGGCAGAUUUAGUUCAAAAGCAUCCAGUCAACUUGUUUCUCAUCUGACAGAUUUAGGGAUAAAAUAUCAAGGCUGAGAUGCUUCAGCCGACUAUCCACAGGCUCUUCUUUGUUUUCUGAUUUCAUCAAUGUGUUGUCCCAAGACAUAAACUUAUUUGGAAACGUUUUCUUUUCAAAUGAUAAAAGUUUUUGUCCCUUUUCUCUCAAGUCCACACAGAAAUAAAAAUCCAAAAACUGUUUUUAUUCCUUAAACAGGUUCAGGAGUGAAAAUUUUGCCCUUAUGCAUUUGUGUCAACAGCAAAAUCACAUCUUUGGUGAAAUUCCUGACAUACCAGCCUGAAACAAUUCCCCUGUGGAUACAGAGUUAGAUUUCACUCCAAUAAACAAAUCAAUUUUACUUUACAACGGAGAGUUAAGGCAACGCCAAGAAAAUAAUAUAUUAUGAGAAUAAAGUUGUAGUAUUACACAAAUUAGGACUUUAUUCUCUAAAUAUUAUGAGUUUAUCAUCUUUGUUAUGACUUUAUUUUCUUAUUAUUUGACUUUACUCUCGUACUACUUUAUUCUUUCAAUUCUCAUUUUAUUGCACCUUAAUUCUCGUAAUAUUAUGACUUCAUUGUUGUAAUAUUAACUUUAUUAUUGUAAUUUUAUUGUUUUUUUUCUUAACUGUUUUAUUAGAAAAAUACUAAUAAUCCUGUAGUCCUUAGAUAUUCUAUCCUAUUUCUUUUCAUUGUAGUUGAGAAUUUUGUUAAAAUAUGGAGAUAAAUGUCCAUAAAAUGCCCCAAAUUUGCAUAAUGCUAAAUAUAAUUGCAUUUAUUUUCAGAAUAUUUUGAAGUACCUCUCAGUUGCAUUAAUUAUGGUUAAAUCAAUCAUAAUUGAUCUAAUUAUAAAACAUGAGACAUUGUAACUCAAACUGUAGCACAUCUGAGUGACUUUGUGCUUUUUUUUUAGCAGUUUCCAUAAAGUAGAUGAGAAAAUUAAGACUUACCAGAUGUUUACAAGUCUGGAUCUGCAACAGUUUGGACUAAAUUAAACAAAUUUAUUUCUGUCUGUUUUAAUUUGAUUAAAUAAUGAUUAUUGUUCUGUCAGCGCAAGUUUUGUUCAAGGUGUUGUGAGAUUGUCACCAAAGCCCAGUUAGAGACGAUGCUGAUCUGUAAGUGAAAUGUUGCUUUAGGGGAUAAGAUGUUUUAAAUAGUUCAGGUUAAAACCUGAGGAUAUUCAGCAGCCGAUUCCCCCCCAGCAGGACCAUUCUGGGCCAAAAUGGCCAAACUGGAGUUAUGACUCUAAUCUAGCUUGGUUUGGCGCUCUCACUGAUUUAUCUGAAGAGAUUUAUUUUCAAAUGCUGUUUGCAAAUGUUUGGAAGGAGAGCUAUGCAGUAAAACAAAUUUUUCUGACCUGGAGUUUUUACUUCAGGGGAAAUAAGAAACAAUGAGUUAUCUUAUAACACGUUGACGGAAAGGUUAGAGUUUUGUCAGCUGGUUUGAAAGUCAUCAGAAAUGCCUCGAAUUUUAAAGAGGAAAACCGAGUUUGGAUUCAGGCAGUUCAGACUCCAGUGUGAUCUUUUUUCUGAGCAAGUGGAGGUAAAAUUACAGCAGCUUUGAAUGUUUGAAGCUUAAAAGAAGAGCGAGUAUUUGCAGUUUGAGAUUUAAAAAAGAUCAGGAGGUGGAAUUGGUGAUGGUGUUGGUAGAAAUGGUCUCAAAUGUUUGGCAUGGCUCGUUUUGGCUAACUGGUCCAGCAAGGCCUUGCUGGGAGUCUUCAUGGGGAACCGAGCUUUGAACGUGCAAAGCAGAAGAAAACUUUCACUGUGGAAAUCCAGAAACGGGUCAGUUUCUGGGUCAGCAAAGAUAAUGAAUCGGGAUUCGGGUAUUGGUGCGAUGAUGCUGAAGAAUCAGACCCAGUCACGCAAACGCUCUCCGAUGGCGCUUCUUGUUUACACUCUGCAAAAACACAAAACCUUAACAAGUGUCUUUGCUCUGGUUUCUACUGCAAAUAUCUUUGUACACUUGAAACAAGACAAGACUAACUUACGUGUAACUUUUCAACAAGAUAUAGGAGCUUGUUUAAGUCAUUAUUGAUGAAAAAGUUCUAGUUCCACUGGCAGCUUAUUUCACGUAAAACAAAAUAUUUUUCCAUAUAUAGAACUAGAUCUUUUUCAUCAAUAUUAAGGAAUUAUUGACCUAAAACAAGCUGCUAUACAUUGCUGAAAAGUUUAUAAGUUUGUUAUGUCUUACUUCAAGUAUACUGAGAUAUUUGCAGUAGAAACUAUACCAAAAAUUCUUGGUAAGUUUGUCUUUUUUUGCAGUGCAGCCUGGUGUCACGUUUAACUCCAAAGUAUUGUCACUAAUUUUGCUAAUAUAAAAAACAUAGUUGUUAAAGUAAAUAAAAUGAACAUUCAGCCUGCUCAAAAUAAUAUUCAGAUGACUGGAUUGGCUGUGAUUAAAAACAUAAAAUUUGCUUUUUUUACUUUAAAAGUUGACAAUAGCUGCCUUUAUUAAUAUUUUGUUGUGUAAUAUCUGUUGGAAACAACAUAGAAUGUCGAGAGGAUCAAUAAAAUCGAUAAUAAAUUGGAAGAUGAUCAACUCUGCAGUUAAUGUAAUGACGGUGAACUCUGAUGUGAAGGAAGCUGUUAGCUGAUAAAAACCCACUCAAGAAAGUCUAAAAUUUAGCAAAAAACAAUUUAAAAAAGAUUCUUCCUCUGGAAUUCUGGGUAAUGUAGUCCUUGAGUGGGGAUUUGACACAGAACAACUUUUUUUUCUUUUGUUUUUAAAUUGUCACUCUCCAAACGAAUUUGAAUAAUCCUCGUUUUAUUUUGCUGUCGGUCUUUUGUUCUGCGUAUUGCUGUGUGUCUUUGCUGUUUCAGACAGUUGUACAGCUUGUUGAUGUGCAGUCGUUUCCCUCCUUCUUACGGUUGCUCUAAAAAUAUUCCUGCUUUGUUUUAUUUGUGAAAGACACUGCCAGCUCUUCGCAUGGUUUCCCUGUGGCUGUUUGUUGGGUUCUCUUUAUUAUCUCCUGUAAAUGUUGAUUUUAUUUUUUUCUUUUGUUAACCUGCUGGCUUUGUUUUUUUUUUUGUUUUUUUUUUUUUGCACUUUUAAUGUUCCAUAAUGAGGCUGAGAGGGAGGAAAAAUAUGUUUUGGCUUGGAGAUGAUAUUUUUUGAGUGAAAUGCACCUUUUUUUGCCCUGUUUCUGUUGUGAAAUUAAAAAGAGUGACGGAGGAGAGAAGGCAGAACAUUAAUGUGAAUCUAUUUUCCUACAUUGAUGGAAUAAAAGACGUGACGUUCAUUUA